AUGACAGCGAACACGACAUCCACGGCACAGAUGGCCACCAAUUAUGGACUCAAUUACUAUCUGUUUAACUAUUGGCGUGAAGUGGGAGACCAGCGGACGGCCGACUAUCCGCUGAUACGGGACGGCCCGUGGCUUAUGCUGACAAUUAUGAUCAGUUACUAUGUGUUUGUCCGCAAAAUUGGGCCCAAUUUCAUGAAAAAUCGGCCGCCAUUUGAGUUACGAGCGCUGCUAUUGGUGUACAACGCGCUGAUGGUCGCCGCCAACGCUUACUUCUUCGUCCAAUCGCUCUCAUGGAUCAAAUACGGCAGAGCUCUACUCGACUUCCGUUUCCCGGCCAAAGACGACUACUCGCCGCUCACUCAGCACCAGAUCUGGUCCUUCUAUCUCUACUACAUCACGAAGUUUGUGGAUCUGUUGGACACCGUGUUCUUCGUGUUGCGCAAGAAGUACUCGCAGAUCACGACACUUCACUUAUACCAUCACACGGCGGUUCCCAUUCUCGGUUGGAUGACCUUCUGGUACCGAUUCAACGUGCCAUCGAUCACACUCUUCGCCUUCCUCAACAGCUUUGUUCACGUCAUUAUGUACUCGUAUUACGCGCUCUCGGCUUUCGGCCCUCAACUCCAUCCCUAUCUCUGGUGGAAGAAGUACAUCACCCAACUCCAGCUCAUCCAGUUCACCAUAUUCGGCCUGUACGGCACCAUGGUCAAGCUGUUCCACCAGGGCACUUACCCCGCGUUCGCCUUCUGGACCGCCUAUUCCCAGACAAUACUAUUCUUCUAUAUGUUUAUCAAGUUUUACUUCAAGUCCUAUAAUAGGAAACAAUUAGCGGCCAAACAAUCGUGA